GUAACAUAUCAUGUUUCGUAUCGUUUCAAAUCGUUUCGGCGAAACGUUAGCACUCGUAAAACUAACUAAAACCCCGACGAACGCAUAACAAGCGCGACGCACUCCUCGUUUCGAUAUACCUUCCCAUACCCUCUCUCUCUCUCUCUCUAUCUCACCCGUCACACGCAAAACCCCAAAUUUUCGAAGCUCCCCCCACAUGGAGAUCGAUGGAGCCGAACCCAACGACGCGGCGGAGGAGGAGGAAGCAGCGGCCGCGGCCGCCGCUGCCACUGCCGCUGCGCCCGGAGACGAAACCCUAGGUGGCGCCGCCGCCGCCGCCGCCGCAGAGGACAGGAACCCGAGCUCCCCCUCCUCCGCCUCCUCCGGAGGAUCCGAGUCGGACGAGGAAGAAGAAGAAGAAGAAGAAGAAGAAGGCGCUGAGCACCUCCGAAUCGAAGCCCUAGAGCGCUCUCUGCGGGAGCAACCCUUGGAUUACGAAGCGCACGUCAAGUACAUCCAAUGUCUGAGGAAAUCUGGUCAGAUCGAGAAGCUAAGGGCAGCAAGGGAAGAAAUGAAUAAGAAUUUCCCAUUGAGCCCCAAAAUGUGGCAAGAGUGGGCGAAGGAUGAAAUCUCGUUGAGUGCAAGUGCUGAAUCCUUCACCGAGGUAGAAAAGCUAUAUGAGCGUGCUGUGCAAGAAUAUUUGUCUGUUCCACUAUGGUGUGAUUAUGCUAAUUUUGUUGAAGAGCAUGAUCAAUCAGUUUCCCAAUGUUUGCCAGCUGGUAUAUCAAAGAUGAGAGAUUUAUUUGAGCGUGCUCUUACUGCAGCGGGUUUGCACAUUGUUGAAGGCAGUAAAAUAUGGGAAGCUUAUAGAGAGUAUGAGCAAGCUCUUUUUCUAACAAUUUCUGAUGGUAAUGACGAGGAAAAAACAAAACAAAGUCAACGCAUACGUGCUCUUUUCCAUCGUCAGCUGUCUAUUCCUUUGGUUGAUCUCAUAUCAACACUUAAAGAUUACAAGGUUUGGGAAGCUGAACAAGGGAAUUCUAAUGACAUUAACACUGACUUGGAUGGGGUUCCCUCAAAUGUUGCCUCUGCCUAUCAGAAAGCGAUAGAAAUGUACAAUGCGCGGAAGCAAUAUGAGGACCGACUAGUCGAUCCUGAUACAUCUGAGGCUGAUAAACUACAACAGUUUAUGAGCUACAUAAAAUUUGAGGAGUCUUGCGGAGAUCCUGCUCGUGUUCAAGUUCUUUAUGAACGUGCUGUUGUGGAGUUUCCUGUGUCAAGUGAUCUCUGGCUUGGAUAUACUAGCUAUCUUGAUAGAACCUUGAAGGUUCCUACUGUUUUGAAAAGUGUCUAUUAUAGAGCCACAAGAAAUUGCACGUGGGUUAGUGAGUUGUGGGUCCGAUAUUUGCUUUCUUUGGAACGUGUGCAUGCUUCUGAAGAAGAAAUAAGAUAUGUCUUUGAGCUGGCUGUACGUUGUGUUUUCCCCAGUGUCAAAGAGUAUCUCGAGCUUUAUCUUACCCGAGUUGAUGGUUUGAGACGGAGGAUCUCAUUAAAUGGUGAAAAGGAUAGUGCAAUUGAUUUCCAACUGAUAAGGCAGACUUUCAUGGAUGCUGCUGAUUUCUUGUCUCCACAACUGAGCACUGAUGAUUUAUUGCAUCUGCAUGAAUACUGGGCGAGGUUAGAAGCUAAUCUUGGAAAAGAAAUGGUAGCAGCCCGUGGUGUGUGGGAAAAUCUUAUCAAGAAAAGUGGAUCUAUGUUGGAAGUUUGGCAGCACUAUAUAGCAAUGGAAAUUGAAAUGGGUCAUAUACAAGAAGCAAGAGCCAUUUAUAAGAGAUGCUACAGUAAGAGAUUCUCAGGAACUGGUUCAGAAGUUGUAUGCCAUUCUUGGCUCCGAUUUGAACGGGAACAUGGCACUUUAGAAGAUUUUGAUCUUGCAGUAAAAAAGGUAACACCCCGUCUCCAUGAGCUCAUGAUAUUCAAGAGUCAACAGGAGUCUAAAACUGGUUCUACAUAUUCCAUUACAAAAGAUACUCAUGACGCAAGAAAAUCCCCUCUGAAGAGGAAGACGAAUCAACUCUCUAGCAAUAAACAGCCUCCUCCUAAGAGAAGGAAAGAGGGUACAUCGAAAACUGUAGAAGCAUCUGAUGUGGGUCCUACCAAAAAGUUGCGAAAUGCCACUGAAAACACUGAAGAAGUUAAAAAGGAUGAUGCCAAUGCCCCUACUGAGCAAUCUAAAGGAAGUUUGAAGGCAAGGGAUUCAAAGUCAAACUUUUACAACGAUCAGUGCACGGCAUUUGUUUCAAAUCUGAAUGUUGCAGCAAAUGAGGAACACCUUCGUGAGUUUUUCAGCGAUUGUGGUGGGGUGACUGCUAUAAGGUUGUUAAGGGACAAGUUCACAGGAAGAUCUAGGGGAUUGGCUUAUGUGGAUUUCUCGGAUGAUGAACAUCUCACAGCAGCCAUUGCAAAGAACAAGCAAACGUUGCUUGGCAAGAGAUUAAGCGUUGCACGUUCAAAUCCGAAGCAGAGCCACAGGAAAGCACAUACUGAUGCAAAUUUGCCCAGGAGUCGUGAUAAAGGAGUGCGUUUCCAAAGUGAUGAGGUAGGCAGAGCACAAGAGAACAAGAAAACUGUUGUGGAGAAGCCAAGCAGUGACUUGGGACUCACUGGGAAGAAUACUUUUGCUGCUCCGAGAUCUCUUGUUAAGCCCCUUGGUUGGACUAAAAAGGAACCAAAGGCCGAUGGAGGUGGCGAAGAGCUCAAAUCGAAUGAGGAAUUUAGGAAUAUUUUCCUAAAGAAGUGACGACAUUCUAGAAUAGUUCAUGCUGUUUGCUACAAAUGCGCUUCUGGUGCGGUGAUGCCAAAUACUGUUGACUCCUGAUUUUGUGCAGUGCUGGAUACAAGCAGAGAAUGGGGGCAAAAAAAAAAGUCUUUCGAAGAACAGAGAGAGUGGCCUCUUAUAGUUACUAGUUUGUAUUUAUGAGAUAAUGAGAAAUAUGCACUAGUUUGUAGUACUAGAAGUAUGAUGUAUCUAUUUGAAGGUGGCAGGAGAAAAAGAAGUGAAAAUACAACUCCGGUAGUUGCUCCAACAAAUCCUUCAUCCUUUUCUUCCUCUGUUUAA